AUGACAAUCUAUUUUCUUGAACAACUUUCAUGUAAUUUAGAUGACCUUCUAAAAAACAGUGACGAAUACAAUGUUAUUAUUGAAGUUGGUCAACCACCAAACAGCAAAGAAUUUAAGAUUCAUACAAUUAUUUUAAAUUCUUGCUUUAAUGUUAACGCUUUUAUUAUCAUUGAUCUUUUAAUCGCCUCUAAUAAAUUUGGUCUUAAAGAAUUGAGAAGCUUUAAAAUUGACAAUUUUAAAGAGCAAAUUUCUCAACAAGAAACUUCCUUGCCACCAGAAUUUCAAAAAGAAAAAACUAAGAUACCUUCAGAACAAAAUUUAUUUUGUAGGGAAGGUUGUAAAUGUAUUAAUUGUAUUCAACGAGUUGCCGAAUAUCAAUAUGACUCGAAUGAAUCAGAUACAGGAUCAGAUUAUGAUGAUGACAUUCAUUGGGAAUAUUAUGAUUAA